AUGAUCAAUGAAUCCCUGCCCGAGUACAUCUUCAUUAGAAUAUGCAUCCUCCUUCUUCACUACAUCGCACCCUUGAGCAUCCUCUUUUCGAUCCUGUUCCUCAUAUUCCCCGACGUGUAUCACAUACCGCCAUGGUUGCAAACCUACCUCUUCGCAGAAGCGUUGUUCUACCUCCUCAUCUACGUCCCGCAAAACAGCUAUCUUCAACGCGCCGCUGUACAUCCGAUGGCCUUGACUCGCGACGAGCGCCGUGAUCUCUUCAACAGAUGUACUACCACUGCGCCUGAUCUGGAACGGUACCUUUCGGGGUGGUUCAAGCACGCCCCGCUGUCUCACAUUCGACGAGAUAAUGUCAAACAAUUCUUCAGCUGGGCCUUCCUCAACAAGGACAAUCAUAGCGCCGAAGAUGAUCGAGAGCUUGAUGGCUAUGUGGACGGCCUGGAGCAACGCCUUGGGUGGGAGCUUGCGCCCGGUAGGGGCAGCGCGACAAGUCUGAGAUUGACCGUCGACAGUGUCAAUAUGCUGCACAGGAGCCUGCUCUGGUACCUGAUUGUCGCCUUAGUGGACACGGUCACCCAUGCCCGCCUAUUGAUGCAUUCCUUCUCCUUCUAUCGUCUCCCGUUCUCGCGCUUCCUGACCGUCUUUCCUUUCCGCCCGCUCACCUUCUUCAGUCGCCACCAGACCCCGGCAAGGACACUGACGUAUUGGUAUCGUCCGCAUACAUCGAAGACCAAGUUGCCGGUCCUAUUCAUCCAUGGCAUCGGGAUCGGCCUUCAUCCAUACGUCGAUUUCCUCGCCGAACCCAACGACAGUAUCCAUACCGACGAAGACGAAGUCGGCAUCAUAGCCCUCGAAAUUAUGCCAAUCAGCUUCCGCAUCACCACCCCCAUUCCGCGCAAGGAACAAAUGCGCGCAGAAAUCCUCUCCAUCCUCAAGAAACACGAGUGGCACAAAGUCGUUCUCGUCACCCACUCCUACGGCAGCGUCAUCGCCACGCAUCUCUUACAGACGCCAGAAACCGCCAGCAGAAUCGGUCCCAUUGUUCUCAUCGAUCCCGUCUCUUUCUUGCUGCACAUCCCCGACGUCGCGUACAAUUUCACGGCCCGCCCACCUAAGAGCGCUAGUGAAUGGCAGUUGUGGUAUUUCGCCUCGAAGGAUCCGGGCGUGGCGCACACACUGGCGAGGCAGUUCUUCUGGGCGGAGAAUAUUUUGUGGCGAGAGGAUCUGCACGGGCGCAAAGUGACGGUCGUGCUGUGUGGGAAGGAUCUGAUCGUCGACACAGAAGCCGUCGGUCGGUAUCUCGGCGAUUCGCCGAAGUCGGAUGAUAGCUGGAAGACGCAGGCUUGGAGGGGAGAAGAGUUAGAUAUUCUUUGGUAUCCAGACCUGAAUCAUUCGCAGGUGUUCGGUGAGAGGGAUGAUCGAGGUCGGAUCUUGAGGGCGAUUGGGUCGUAUUGUCGACGUCAGCCGUGA